AUGUUAAAAUUUUUGCCAAUUUUAAUAGGUUAAGUUUUGUGUCAAUUAUGCUUACAACCUAUAAAGUAUGAAUCCUACUAAUUUUCAAUUAAUAUAAUUGAUCCAAAAUCAGGUUAAAUAUGGAAUUAUGAUGAUUUAAAAUGUAAGAUUGAAAUAAUAAAUUAGAGGUAAAUCCAAAUUGCCCAGCUACAACAACUAAUUUAAAGGAUAUAGAAAGCUCAGUUAUCUAAUUGUUAGAUUUACAAAUGAUUUUGGAUAUACCUGAAAAUAUAACAAUUACAAGGAAUAGGACAGCUGGUCCAACUGUAUAAUAUAAGACUGAUGGGAUAAAGAUGAGAAGCUAAGGAAUAAAUAAUUAUGUUUCAUAUCAAUCUGAAUUCUUUUAAUUCACAUAUGCAGAACACAGCCUUGAUUUUCAAUCUUAAACACCUGAUGGAGAAUUACAAAUAUUUAUGAUCUAGGAUCAAUUGUAUUAAUUAUGUGAUAUUGAACCAAUUUAUUCAGUUAUUUCAUUUCCCAUCUAUAAAUUGUCUGAAUAAUAGCCAUUAAAAUUCAGUGGAUAAUUCAACAUGAAUGCUGAUACAAUGAGUGAUUUCAACUUUAAAUAAAAUAUUUUAGGCACUAUUAAAUCUGAUAUAUCCUCUUAUAUCACAUAUAAGGCACCAAUUAAUAUCCCGUAUUGAUAUUUAAUAAUUUAGACCUUGUUCAACUGCUUAUUGGUAUGUGUCCACAAAUCCAUUAUUCUUUAGAUAAGAUCAACUGGAUUUAUUAUUGUAAUAGAAUCAAUAAAAUAGAAUGUAAAGAGUAGAAAUGGAAAAUAUUGAAAUAUAAUACAAUAAAGGAGUAAAUAAAUAUUAUUAAAUAUAGAAAAUAUUAUUUUAUGGGGAUGUUGAAUUUGCUGAUUAUAAUGAUACUGUUGAAUGGGCAGCUACUUGGGUAGCUUCUAUAAUUCCAUGUUUAAUCUUUGCAAUCGUUGUUUGUGUUUAUGGUUAAUAUGAGAUAUCAAAUAUUGGAAGAUAUAAAAGACCAGAAAUGAAACAUAAUGAAGCUGAAAUUGAAAUGCUCAAUUAAGAAGAAAAAUAAAUGUAAUGAA